UUUGGUCGUGGUUGUGGUCGUUCCCCAUUGCUGUACCUUUCUCUCUGCGUUUGCUUUGCUUUGCUUUCUCCGUCGGUUUUCUUGCUCCGAUUUAGGGUUUUCCAGAUCAUGGAGAUGGAACGCGUGACCGACUUCCCGCACACGCACAUGGAUCGGCGGCCCAGGAAGAGGGCUCGCUUGGGCUGGGACGUGCCUGAGGCGCCUGAGGCCCAGGUAGGAAUGUUUUGUGGACAAGAGGUUGGCCUUAUGACAAGCUUUGCACCAUCAACAGCACCCUCAGACUAUAUUACUAGCUGUCUAUUUGUAAAGGGAGGUGCUCGAAAUGGUUCUCCUCCAUGGAGAGAAGAUGACAAAGAUGGGCAUUACAUGUUUGAGCUUGGAGAUAAUUUAACAUCACGCUACAAGAUUCACAGCAAAAUGGGUGAAGGAACAUUUGGCCAGGUAUUAGAAUGCUGGGACAGGGAAAAGAAGGAAAUGGUUGCUAUUAAGAUUGUCAGGGGGAUUAAGAAGUAUCGUGAGGCAGCAAUGAUCGAAAUUGAUGUUCUACUGCAGCUGGGAAGGCAUGAUAAGGGUGGCAAUCGUUGUGUACAAAUACGGAACUGGUUUGACUAUCGUAACCAUAUCUGUAUUGUGUUUGAGAAGCUUGGACCAAGCUUAUACGAUUUUCUACGGAAAAACAAUUAUCGCUCGUUUCCCGUUGAUCUUGUCCGUGAGAUUGGAAGACAACUGUUGGAAUGUGUAGCAUUUAUGCAUGAUUUGCGCCUCAUACACACCGAUCUGAAACCUGAGAAUAUCCUUCUUGUUUCUCCAGAGUAUUUGAAAGUCCCAGAUUACAAGGGCUCGUCUCGGUCACCGAGGGACAGUUCCUACAUUAAAAGGGUCCCUAAAUCGAGUGCCAUUAAAGUGAUUGAUUUUGGUAGCACAACGUAUGAACGUCAGGACCAGACAUACAUUGUAUCAACACGACAUUAUCGGGCUCCUGAGGUCAUUCUUGGACUUGGAUGGAGCUAUCCCUGUGACGUGUGGAGUGUUGGUUGCAUUCUUGUGGAGUUGUGCACGGGUGAGGCAUUAUUCCAAACCCACGAGAACCUAGAGCACCUUGCAAUGAUGGAAAGAGUGCUAGGUCCUCUGCCUCCGCACAUGUUGAAGAGAGCAGACCGACAUGCGGAGAAGUACGUUAGAAGGGGAAGGUUAGACUGGCCAGAAGGUGCUGCCUCUAGAGAAAGCAUCAGAGCAGUUCUUAAGCUUCCGCGUCUUCAGAACUUGAUAAUGCAGCACGUAGACCAUUCGGCAGGAGACCUGAUACAUUUGUUACAGGGGUUACUCAGAUACGAUCCCUUGGACAGACUGACAGCUCGGGAAGCUCUCAGGCACCCUUUUUUCACGAGGGAUCACCUCCGGGGGUAGCCCCUCCGAUCUGCCAUAGCAGAUCGGCCAAGACCCCCUGUAUAUAGCUAGCACGGGUGGCUUUCGGGGGCAGCACCGCCUGAAUAAAAUUCUCUCUUUUGGCCCCUUUCACCAAAUGGCCCCUGCGAUGCUAUCUAACUUCGGGGCCGUUGACCUCCAAAUUCUGAAAAUGUGUAGUUAACAGCAACAGAUAACCUGAAUCAGUGAUUUAUUAUUAAUUGGAAAUUCUUGUGUUAAA